AUGAAAUAUCUUCUAGGAGGGAUCGGUAUGCUGUGCAUUGCACUGGCAACGCUCCAUGCGGCGCGCAUCAAGAUACCGGCCAAGAGCCGCAACGAUGAUCUCUUCUCCGAGGAUGAGUUUACGUUUCCGGUGGAGGAUAAGAAGGAUCCAACCAACUUCACCGGUAACGUUAUGAAGGCAUCGAUCGUGAUGGCGGAGGUGCGCAAUCAGGGCAAGGGAAAGUUUAAGUAUGCCGUAGAGACGGAGAACGGUAUCGAGAUUGAGCAGAUAGGAAAGCUAAAAAAUGACUCGAAAACGUUCGUUGUGAUGGGUUCGUACACAUACACCGGUGCUAAUGGCAAACGAUACCGAGUGCGGUACACUGCCGACGAAUUUGGUUACCAUCCCAUCACCGAGCUGGAUCUGGAAAUUCCUGACCUGACCCAAGUACAGCCAACGCAGCGAACGAUUAGCCCGUUCAAGUUCACCACCCGCUCAACAACGCCUCGCACAACAACGACCACCACCACUACCACCACCACCGAAAAACCAACGGACGAUGGCUAUCAUUACGAUCGUCCCGAUAAUGCGUAUCUUCCGCCGAACAACGAGUAUUUGCCACCGCCCGAGCCGGAAAUUGACUAUCUUCCGCCGAAGGAGGAUGGUCCGCGAAGGUACGAGGAACCGGUCGACCAGUUCCUGCCACCAAAGUACGACCUACGUCUUGGUGAUUCUAAGUAA